AUGUCGGAGCCCGCGCCGCUGUCGAAGACCGCGAAGUACAAGAAGAUCACGAAGCCCCUUUUGGAGAGGAAACGGCGGGCCCGCAUCAACCGGUGCCUCGACGAGCUUAAGGACCUCAUGGUGGGCGCUCUAGAGAUCGACGACGACAAUUUGAGCAAGCUCGAGAAGGCGGACAUCCUGGAGUUGACGGUGAACCACCUCACGAAGCUGCACAGCCCCAAGGACCCGGUGGUGGAGGCGAAGAAGUUCCAGGCCGGCUUCGGGCAGUGCGCGGCAGAGGCGUGCCGUUUCAUAAUGUCCGUGCCGGACUUAGACGAGCGCGUCAGCCACAACCUGAUCAGCCACCUCUCGCGGCUGAUCACCGCUCAGCCGCUGACCAUACAGGUGCCCGAGCGGUUCUCACCCCCCACCUCGCCCUCCUCCGUGGUCUCCGACAGACAGCACUACUGCAGCGAUCAGGAGCGUUCCUCAGAUGCGGAGGACUCUAUCUACUCCGAGCGCUACGCCUACCCGCAGCCCGCCCCGCCGAAACAGUACCCCGGCCUCUUGACCACAGUCGACAAGCUGCACAGCCCGCCACGCGACUCCCCCCACAGGGGCCACUUCAACCGCGUGCCGGCCGAAGCCAAGGACGUCAUACUGCAGAAGAUCAGGCAGCACAUUAUGGACAAGCGGGGCAGCGAGCCCACCGAGUACGAACAGAACGAGAGGUACGCACAAAAACCGACGUACGGAGGGGAAUACGAGUGCCAAUACGUCCAGUAUCCCAGUGGAGACACGUUGGACUUGAGGAAGACUAAAUCCCCGACACCAGAGGUCCACUCGCCGAAGGUGCAGCAUAGCGCCGACCCGCCCGCCCAGGCUAAGCAGAGCCCCCCGGAGCACUGCGAGUCGCCGAUGGACUACAGCAACCUGCCGCCGAAGAAGAAGAGGAAACUAAUCGAGUACCAGGAGCACAAAAAGCAGGAGGAGGCGAAGCGGCAACUGGACGCUUUUUACGCAGCGAAAAAAGAACGCCUCCGCGACGGGCCAAUCGCUGAGCACGAUUUGGACGCGAACAAAUGGCGCCCUUGG